AUUCCUCACUUGGGUACAGUUGAAAGAGGGUUUUGAUUUUUAACCUUAAAAAACAAGAAGAAAAAAGAGGGUUUUGCAAAACCCUAGAAAACUAAUUCGGGACGAGGAAGAGGACCGUGAAUUGAGAGUUUCAACAAUGGCGAUGUCUAUGAGACGCGCACUAUUGUCCUACCGCAACCUCGCCGUGAUCCUCCGUACCACGACAUCUCAGACUCGCCAUCUCUCCUCUUUAGUCGGCGGCUCUUCAGCUAGUCUCCUCCGCCGCUCUGCCACUUCCGACGCGGGCCAUUACUUUCUGGCAAUGAAUUAUCUACUCGAAACUCGUAGAGGCUUCGCCAAAGGAAGAAAGAACAUAAAGGAAGAGGUAGACAGUGAUGAAGAUAAUGAGAGCACAACAGAGUCUGUGAAUGUUGGCCCUUCAAUUAAGGCUGCUGCCAUCUCACAAAUGGAGGCAGCAACAGAUUCGCUGUCUCGAGAAUUGGCAAAAUUACGAACGGGACGAGCAUCGGCAGGAAUGCUUGACCAUAUUAUUGUUGAAAGUGGUGGUGUAAAAACACCUCUUAGCAGGAUGGCUGCUGUUUCAGUCUUAGAUUCAAAAACACUGUCUGUUACUCCUUAUGAUCCAGAUACCUUGAAAGAAUUGGAGAAGGCUAUCGUUUCAUCUCCAUUGGGAUUAAAUCCUAAGGUGGAUAAUGAGAGGUUAAUUGCACCUAUACCUCCGCUAACAAAGGAACAUAUGCAGGCUGUGUGCAAGGUUGUAGCUAAAUCAUCUGAAGAUGUUAAACAAAGUGUAAGAAGAGCCCGCCAGAAGGCACUGGACACUUUAAAGAAAUAUACACCAAAAAAGAAGGACAAAGACAAGACAGGUUCAGCUUUCUCUGUAGAUGACGCAAAAAGAUUGGAAAAGGAAAUAGACGACUUGACUAAGAAGUAUAUAAAGUCUGCUGAAGAUAUGUGUAAAUCAAAGGAAAAGGAAAUAACAAGUGGCUGAAUCUUAAAAAGUUUUGAGUUGAAAGCAAUUGCACAAGGAGUCUAUUUUCUAAGGAUGUUAGAGUACUUGGAGCUUUGGGAAAAAAUUCUCCAAAUUAUUGUUUCUAUACUGGAUAUAUGCUGGAAACUAUUUUGUUAUCAGGACUUGAUAUCCCGAGGUUACUACAUUGGAGUUAUGCUGAAAAGAACUCAAUUAUAUGUUGUAUGGGGAGCAAGUGGCCUACUUCUCCAUUUUUGAUUGACGACUAGCCCAGAUUUAUAACUUGCUUUCUGCACACUGCCUUUCCUCAGAUUGCUACAAUUUGCCACUAGCAGAUAUAUUCUUUUUUUUCUUGAGUACUACUGACUCUGUUACAAUGUAGUAUCUGUUCAUA